UCGGUAAAGUGGCGGGAACUUCGUUUCAAGGUUAAUAAAUCAAAUUAACGAUCGUCGUCCUUUCUGCAGCGUUUAAUAACUUCGUAAUAAAUAGUCGUUAACAACAGACAUGUCGGCCGGCGGUUCUGCGUUGCAUGUAACGUUGGAAUUCAGAGGUGGUGCCGAACUUCUGGUCGAUAAAAAGAAAGUUUACGAGGUCGAUUUGCCUAGCACUCAGAAAUGGACAUUGCGGAAACUGAUAUUCUGGAUUAAGGACAAUCUUCUGAAGGAGAGGCCGGAGCUCUUUAUUCAAGGUGACACGGUACGUCCAGGCAUUUUGGUGUUGGUAAACGAUGCAGAUUGGGACUUGUUGGGCCAGGGGGAGUACGAGUUGCGCCCGAACGACACGGUGCUCUUCAUCUCGACUCUGCAUGGAGGUUAGGAACGCCGUGCACGUCCAGGUCGACUUUGAGGUUAGCCGGUCCGCAAGGCGUCGCCCUCCACUGCCG